UCCUUUCGCAUUAUAUCUAGCCCACCAUACUUAGGUACUUGUUACCAACAAGAUUGUUGAUCAGUCUGUAGAUUUGUGCAAUUCGGCCUUAUUUGCCUGCUUAUAAUUAACAAUAAUGUCCGAUUCAGUUUUUAAAGAUGUUCAGAACGCCCCUCCCAUUCAAGUAUUUCAACUUACAAAACUGUUUACCGAGUCAACAGACCCAAAUAAAGUUAACCUAGGAGUCGGAGCAUAUAGGACAGAAGAAGGCAAACCAUGGGUUCUUCCAGUUGUUCAGACAGCAGAGCUACAGAUGGCAAAUGAUAAAACAUUGAACCAUGAGUACUUACCAGUGGCAGGAUUACCAGAUUUUCGUCAGGCUGCUACUCGACUUUUAUUGGGUCCUAGUCACAAAGUUAUAGCUGAAAAUAGGGUAGAAAGUUUCCAAGCUUUAGGAGGAACAGGUGCUUUAAAACUUGGAGCAAGCUUUUUAAAAAAUGUGCUGAAUUUUGAUGUUGUAUAUGUCUCAGAUCCCACUUGGGAGAACCAUAAUGGAGUAUUCAAGGGUGCUGGAUUUUCAGAUGUUAGAACUUACCGCUACUGGGAUAGCGAGACAAGAGGCCUUAACUUCAGCGGAAUGUGUGAAGAUCUUUCCAAUGCACCUGAAAACUCUGUGAUUAUCCUUCAUGGUGUGGCUCACAACCCCACCGGCGUUGACCCUACUAAAGAGCAGUGGACCAAAAUAGCUCAGAUUUGCAAUGAAAAGAAACUAUUUGUCUUUUUGGAUUGCGCAUAUCAAGGAUUUGCCAGUGGAAACUUAGAUGAAGAUGGUUGGGCAUCUCGUUUCUUUGCUGAUCAGAACAUAGAUUUGUUUGUGGCACAGUCUUUCUCUAAAAACUUUGGGCUAUACAAUGAAAGAAUUGGCAACCUUGUAGUGGUUACUAAAGAUCCUAGUAAGUUGGCAGAGAUCAGGAGUCAAAUGGAGAUCCAGAUUCGUAUCAUGUGGUCAAAUCCACCCUGCCACGGUGGACGCAUUGUGGCUACAGUUCUAAACAACAGCACUUACUAUGAAGAGUGGAAAGGCCAGAUUGUGACCAUGGCCAGCAGGAUAAAAAAAAUGCGUCAAGAGCUGUUAGAUAACCUGAAGAAGCUUGGGACACCUGGCAACUGGGACCACAUCACCAAGCAAAUUGGAAUGUUCAGCUACACUGGACUAACAGAGAAACAAGUGGAAUACUUGAAAAGCAAGAACAUUUUUUUGUUAAGCAGUGGUCGCAUCAGUAUGUGUGGACUUACCUCCAAAAAUGUGGCAUUUGUUGCUAAAACAAUGGAUGAAGCUAUUCGUGCAUAUCCCACUUUAAAUUUGUCUGUAAUGGCUGGUGAACCUGGGCCUGGUAAUUAUUAAGAUUUCAUGUUUUUAUCUUUACCUUUUGUUUCACAGUUGUUUAAUUUUUUUACUUAAAUGGUUUUUAAUGCAGUUUUUAUUCCCCAAUACAAAAACUAUAGUGAUGAUUUUAAGGCAAUUUAAAAGAAAAAAUUUAAAUGCUCACUUAUUUUGGAUAAAUAUUUAAACAUAGUAUUCAUGUUUCUGAGGGUUGGUAAAUAACAUUACUAAAACAGACACCCUAUAUACAAGUAUUGCUUUAUUGCACUAAGCAGAAUUGUUUUAAAUAUAAAAAAAAAUCAGUUCCCCUAUAAAUGAAAUAAAAUGUUGAUGUAAUAAGUGUGUGUGAAUGAAUGUAUUAACGAGUAAGUAUUCACCAAUUAUUAAUAAUUAAUCUUUCAUUUCUGUACUUAUCUUUGUUAACAUUAGAUUUUGUGUGAUAAAUUAAAGCAGGGUAUGAAUUUUA